CACCCACCCAUGGCCCCAUUGUGUUUUCCCCUGCCCAUCGCCCAACAUGAUCCUGGUCGGCGUGACUGGCGGCAUCGCCACCGGCAAAUCCUCGGCCAUCCGCCUGCUGAGCGAGCUGACCGGCUGGCCGGUGGUCGACACGGACGCCAUUUCCCAUGCCAUCACCGCCCCGAAUGCGCCGAUCCUGGGCCGGAUUGAGCGCUCCUUCCCCGGCCACGCCCUGGUCCAUGAGCGCGGCGAUCCGGCAGCCGCCGGGGGGGCGCCGCAGCAGCGCGUCCUCGACCGGGCCGCCCUCGGACGCCUGAUCUUCCAAGACCCCGCCGCGCGGAGCCUGCUGGGCCGGGUGAUGCAGCCGGCGAUCCGCCUGCGCACGGCGGCCGGGGCCGCGCGCGCCGCCGCCGCCGGCGCGCCGGUCUGCCUGCUGGACGUGCCCCUGCUGUUCGAGGGGAACCUCGACGCGUGGUGCCACGUUUCGGUGCUGAUCGACUGCAGCGACAAGGUCCAGCUCCAGCGCCUGCUCUUCCGUGGCCUGUCUUCGGCAGGCACCGGGGCCCCGCUGGCGCACGAGCACGCCUGCUACUCGACCGUCGACCCGGCCGCCUUCCCGGCCGGCGACGUGGAGCAGGCCCUCAAUCGCAUUGGCUCGCAGAUGCCCCUGUCCCAGAAGCGCACCCGGGCCACGUACAUCCUGCCGAACGAGCUGCCGGGGCAGGAAAACCUCCGCCAGCAGGUUCUCCUCUUCCUGGGGCUCCUAUGCCGGGACUUCGGCCUCCGGCCGGCGUCGGUCCUGCCGGCGGCCGUGGCCGUGGCCCUGCCGGCGGCCGAUGCCCCGGCGGCGGGCCAGCUCCGCGGCCCGGUCUCCCCCCCGGGUCAUGGGGCCCUGGCGCACGCCGCCGGCCGCGUCCUCGGGGCGGUGCUCUUCCUGCCGCUGCUCGCCAUGGCUGCCGCAUGGGAGCGCCUCCCCUGGGCCGUGGGGUAGCCGGGGGCGGUCUUGCUCGCUGUUCCCCCUCCCCCCCCCCUUCUCCCUGGUCCUUCCUUCUCCCGCUCCUCCCCCGCGUGUCAAUACACUUGUGCACCUGCC